AUGCCCCGCAAUAUAAUCACCAAUUCUGGCUCCGGUGCUCAGUAUGUCAUGACAGGGACCGGAGACCAAUACAAUCACUGUGAACUUACCACUCAAUUCGGUCCUCACGGGACCAGUAAUCAACACUCCACAGAUGAACUAGCUGCAGUGCCUACGUGCAACAAGGGCCGACCGUCCCGUCGCGCGGAUUUCUGUAUCGCCAUUAUAUGUGCACUUACUGUCGAGUUCGAUGCGGUUUCCCUCCUAUUUGAUGAGAUGUGGGACGAGGAAGACGACGCGUACGGGCGGGCACCAGGAGACACAAACACAUACACAACUGGCCGUAUCGGAAAAUACAACGUGGCACUGGCCUUGCUUCCUAAUAUGGGGACAGCGUCGGCGGCUGGGGCUGCGGCUGGCAUGCGAUCGAGCUUUCCACGCUUGAGGCUUGUCUUGGUGGUCGGAGUGUGCGGUGGAGUACCGGGCACAGGCACGGGCAAGACUGAGUUACUACUGGGUGAUGUGGUAAUCAGCAAGACGAUUCAGCAAAGCCUGGGCAAACAAUAUCCCGCCCAAUAUGUGCUCAAAGAUACCAUUGAUGAUAAUCUCGGUAGACUAAACAAGGAUAUUCGUACCCUUGUCAUGAGCUUUGAGACGGAACUUGGGCAGCGACGCCUUCAAAGGAAGGCAGGCGGAUAUCUCAAAGUGCUGCAGCGCGAAGCAGUACGACUGGGUUUUCGUCAAGACUACCAGUACCCUGGCUUAGCUGAAGACAAGUUGUUUGCACCGACGUAUCGGCAUAAACACCAUUUGCGCAAUACAUGCACCGACUGCAGUGAGGACUCUGCUGCAGUUUGCGAUAUCGCUGUGCACAUGUCAUGUGUGAAUCUCUGCUGCGAUGAAAGCCAAUUGGUCCCACGGAUUCGGCUCAAAAUGAAAGCAGGGCUGGAGCCAGAUGUUAUGCAAUGCCCUGAGAUCCAUAUCGGGCGCAUCAGAUCUGGAGAUACCGUCAUCAAGUCUGGUGAACAUCGCGACCGUGUUGCUGAAGAACACAAUGUGAUCGCGUUUGAGAUGGAAGGGGCUGGUGUGUGGGACGAAGUCCCGUCUAUUGUAGUCAAAGGAGUUUGCGAUUACGCCGAUAGCCAUAAGAACAAGGAAUGGCAGCCCUUUGCAGCAGCGACAGCGGCAUCGGUGGCCAAGGCUGUAUUAGAACGUUAUACCAGCACCAUCAUUGACUAG